GUCUCAGUAAUGAGCCCACCGGAGCCUGUCCUUGAUUGGGCAUUUGAACGUACCUCGGCACCUGUCCAGAUCAAGCUCCAUCAUGCAACGUCUGGGGAAGUACUGUACGGCUAUCCCACGUUUAUCGGGCGGCUGUCAUCAGCCUAGCCUUCCAUAUUGUGUACUUCAUGUUCAACUUCCUCGAGCCAUGCUAGGAGCACCGCACAUCUCUUCACGUCCUACAUAAGCCUUUGACGCUCAAACAGUACAAGAUGACCGUCUCGACUGCUGCUCUAUCUGUACCUGCGGCACUCGCGGGUCUCGCAUACCUCAACGGUCGCUGGCGCAUUUCUGUCGACCUUGAAACCAUCGUGCCCCUGGCUGGAGCCACGAGAUCUUUCACCAAGCGCGAACGAACAGAUAGAGUCAACUCCUUCUACAUCCUCGAGGAGCAUGCCAAUAACCCCAAGAUUGCGGACAAGAUAUUCCUCAUCUACCAGGGAAAGAGUUGGACCUUCAAACAGACAUACAACACUGUCCUUCGCUAUGCGGGAUGGCUUCACUCUGUGCACUCGGUCGCCCCAGGCGAGAUCAUCGCCAUGGACUUUAUGAACAGCCCUACUUUUCUCUUCCUGUCCAUCGCCAUGUGGUCACUAGGUGCCAUACCAGCCUUUAUAAACUAUAAUCUUACCUCGAAACCCUUCAUUCAUAGUGUCCGGACCUCAACGGCAAGGCUCUUGCUUGUCGACCCAGAAAUCGAGUCUAGGGUGCUCACGCCCGAAGCAACAGAAGCCUUCGCCGCAUCCAACUUCCGCAACAAUGCUUUCCCAAUCGACGUGGCUGUUUUGACCACCGGUCUGCAGUCUUCGCUGGAAUAUUUCCCACUCUACCGGGCGCCAGACUCUGCCAGAGCUGGUGCGAUUGGCCGCUCUCAAUGCUGCUUGAUCUUCACAUCCGGGACCACAGGGCUACCAAAAGCUGCCAAGAUUCCCUGGCUUCGAACGAGCUGGGGUUCUGAUCUCAUCUCUCGAUGGCUGGGUCUUCGCCCGGUGACGUCCUCCAAACCGGACAGAUUCUACACUGCCAUGCCACUGUACCAUGGAACGGCCUUCCAACUAGGAUUUCAUAUGUGUUUGGUGUCCGCGACGACACUAGUUCUAGGUCACAGAUUCUCGACCUCGCGCUUCUGGGACGACGUCAUAUCAGCUGAUGCAACAGGGAUCCAGUACGUUGGAGAGACUCUGAGAUACUUGCUCGCUGUCCCACCCCAACCCAACGACCGCACCAAACAUCGUGUUCGCCUGGCAUUCGGUAACGGCCUGCGCCCGGAUGUCUGGGACAAAUUCCGGAAUCGAUUUGGAGUCGAGACGAUCGGCGAGUUCUAUGGCGCCUCGGAAGGUCCUGGAGCGAGUCUGAACCUGUCACGAAACACGUUCUCGUCAGGGGCGAUUGGACAAACAGGACUGAUUGGAACACUGAUGAACAAAGGUACAAGAUCAGUCGUGCAAGUCGAUUGGCAGACUGAGUCCCCCCACCGAGACCCCACGACUGGCUUUUGCGUGCGUGUGCCCGAUGGUGAACCAGGCGAGAUGAUUUUCAAGGUCGACCCCAAGGACAUCGAAGCCAAAUAUCAGGGGUACUUUGGCAAUCAGCAGGCCUCGGAGUCGAAGAUCCUGCGGGAUGUCCACGAGAAGGGUGACGCGUGGUUCCGCAGCGGGGAUGUCGUCCGACAAGAUAAAGAAGGCCGUCUGUGGUUCUCGGACAGGCUGGGCGACACCUUUCGAUGGCGAAGCGAGAACGUCUCGACUGCCGAGGUCGCGCAGAUCAUCGGCGAGCAUCCCCAGAUUCUCGAGGCGAAUGUUUAUGGCGUGGCAAUCCCCAACCAUGACGGGCGCGCGGGUUGCGUGGCUGUGUUGCUGAGGGAGGUCACGGGAAAUGAAAGCCCGAUCUCUGAAAGAGUAUUGGAGAGUCUGGCGACGUUCUCGCGCAACAGUCUGCCGAAAUAUGCGGUGCCUGUGUUCAUAAGAGUGGUCACCAGUGUGAUGGCGACAGGGAAUAACAAGCAGCAGAAACAUGUGUUGAGAGAGCAGGGCGUGGACCCAGAAAAGGUCAAUCCCGAACGAGUGUUUUACCUUGCGCCUGAUGCAGUGAGGUAUCAGGAGUUUGGUGUGAGGGAAUGGCAGGCUCUAAAGGCUGGGAAAGUGAAGUUAUAGUAGGGCUCUAUUGGCCUUACAAUCAUCUUUCAUGAGAUUAUUUUCUCAACUUUUAUGCUCCAAACCAUUCUGUCUCCAUUGACCCGAGGCAGGCUUGCG